UCCCGGAAAAAAACCCUUAGCUGAAACAGGUGAGGGCAAGAGCUCCCCCACCUGCCGGGGCGGGCAGUCCGCGAGAAGCCUGCUUCCGUUCUGGGAGCCCAGAUUGAGGCUCAUUGGUUCACAUAGAUGAGUGACAGGUCCCGAGCCAAUGGAAGGUUAAGCUCGCCGAGGCUCCCGCCUAGUACGGCUGCUUCCUGUUGGGCAUCGGUCCCGCGCGUGUGGGUGAGCUGCCGCCGUCCCGGAGUGAGGGGAAUGACAGGGAGCACGUGUCUCCGCAGUGGCUCCUCGCCAGUUCUUCGACUUGGAUUCUGACCCGAGUUCCGCGGCCCCGCGCGUGGCUGCGUAGGGCGGGGCCGUCCGACCCGACCUCUGCCUCGGGCCCGCGCCCACCGGAGGUUACCUCGUUCACACCGAGGGCACAGCGGCCCAGCGCAAGCCCCGGGGCCGGCUUGACGGAACUCGAGUUGGACAGACCGCAGCGCUGACCGCGGCCGGCGAGGUGGCGGCCAGCAGAGGGCGCCGCCCGAGCAUGGCCGAGGAGCGCCGAGGAUCCUGGUUCGGCUUCGGUUUCUGCGGCUUCGGGCAGGCGCUGGGCUCGGGGCGCGGGCGCCAGGUGCACAGCCCCGAGCCGCUGCAGACCCCGGGCGAGGGCGAGGGCGCGGACGUCUGCCGCGUGAGCGCGAGCUGGAGCUACACCGCCUUCGUGACCCGUGGAGGCCGGCUAGAGCUGUCGGGCUCCGCGGGCUGCGCGGCGGGCGGCUGCAGGGACGCGUGGGCCUCGGAGGCGCUCCUCGUGGUGCUGCGCGCCGGGCCGGGACGCGGGUCCGGGACGGAGCUGCAGGCCUGGGCGCCGGGUUCGGCGCUGAGCGGAGAGCCCCUGUGGGCCCACACCGUGGGGCCGGAGGCCGAGGGGGAAGACGCACCGGGCGGUGAGCCCCAGGCCGGGGCCCUGCCCCUGUUGCCCGGCGGGCGGGCCUACGUGAGUCCGCGGCCGCCCUUCUACAGCCCUCUGGCCCCCGAGCUGCGGGCGCGCCGGCUGGAGCUGGGCGCCGAGCACGCGUUGCUGCUGGACGAGGCGGGCCAGGUGUUCUCCUGGGGCCAGGGCCGGCAUGGACAGCUGGGCCACGGGACUCUGGAGGCCGAGCUGGAGCCGAGGCCGCUGGAGGCGCUGCAGGGCGUACCCAUGGCUGAGGUGGCUGCAGGGGGCUGGCACUCCGUGUGUGUGAGUGAGACUGGCGAUAUUUAUAUCUGGGGCUGGAACGAAUCCGGACAGCUGGCCCUGCCCAGCAGGAGCCUGGCAGAGGUUGGCAACACCGCUGCGGGGGAAGCUAGUGGACUGAAGGAAGACGGUUGUGACGUGAGGACAGCUGAGGGUGAGAGUGGAGGCCUGGCCCCCUUCAUAGCCAUCCAGCCCUUCCCCGCUUUACUGGAUCUCCCCCCGGGCACAGAUGCAGUCAAGGCCAGCUGUGGAUCCCGGCACACAGCAGUGGUGACCAGAACGGGGGAGCUCUACACCUGGGGCUGGGGUAAAUACGGACAGCUUGGCCACAGGGACACGAGCAGCUUGGAUCGGCCCCGCCGAGUGGAGUAUUUUGUAGACAAGCGGCUCCAGUCUUUUCUGUUUUCCGCAGACCAAAGCAACCAAAAAGUGAUUUGGCCGGGGAGAAAAAAAAAACAAUAUAUCUUUUUGAAAGGUAAGUAUACACAUUUUAAUUUAUUUUUAAGAAUAUAUUUAUAUUUUAAAAACAGGACAUGUAUACGUCUAAGCAGCAUGGCGGACACAGACCAAAUCCAUGCUGGUGAGUUUUGAGAACCAUUGAACGUGCUGACAGAGGCAGACAAGGUAAGAAUAAAUAGUGCUUUGGGGAGAACAGUAGUGAUCAGUAGGGUAGGUAAAGACGUGGACGCUGGAGCAGAAACAACUCCCCAAUACUGAUUUGUGCAAAGUUCCAGAUCUCCACAACAGAAAUGGCCCAACCCAUCCAAACAGCCUCCCAACUCGGCAACUGCCGGGGUAGAUGAACUCGGACCUAGCGGGCAGAGGGAUGGGGGUCUCAACCCAGAGGAAAACUGCAGAAACAGAGUUCAGACAGGCAUGUGUUCACACACACAUCCCCACAAAGGGCAUUGCACAAUAACAGAACUGUACACAGUUUAACAAAGGAGCUCCCAGCCUCCCUGUCACCUCUUUGGCAGUAGGUCAGGCCAUCUCCACUUCUGACACACACACAUCCUCAGCAGGAGGAAGGCUGUCCUGUGUGGCGGAGACAGAUCUUUAGGUGAGAGCAAAGCUACUGUAGCCAGAGCGUUAACUCAGCGUCCCUCAACAAAAAAAGAUGUUAAUUACUAGUGACAGCCUACGAGCCAAUAUUGCUUCAGGUCCCUACCCCAAGGACCGGCACACUCCUUUUCCCACACCGUGGUGAAAUACGACACGCCCUUGCUCGUGCUUCAGCAAGCAGAAUUACGGGGUAGAGAAAAAUUAGGUUCCAUAUGCUAAAAUUUGCACUUACUGCUAUGAACUAAGUUUUAAUGUAUUUCUUGGGUCAAAACAAAAUCAAGUCUUUGAAGACCCACUAAGCCUAUGAUGGACUUUGCUCUGUGACACUCAUUCACUUCUGUAAGUUAGGCCCGUGGUAGUGGAACCUGUCCAGGUUCUCAGGCACACCUAAACUCAAGAAAAACGAAAGCCACAUAGAUAAUUAGAUCUAGUCUAGGCACAGGAAGCCACAGCUGGCUGACUGCUCAGGGCCUCUCAGGACUGGAUGUUGGUCGAAUUGAGGAUUCGAGAAGUAGCAUCAGAUUUGGAAGCCUUUGAAAGUUCUCGCUGUUGAAAAAUAAAUAAUGUCAGUGGCAGUACUGUCCCUCCUCUGCAUGCCCCGCCCUUGUAAGCAUGGGUAAAUGUCAGCACAAGGUCCCCUGAGGGCUGUUUCUCUGAGACAGAGGUCCCUCUCCAGCACAGGUUGUUAGGAACACAAGAUGAGAGGCUCUGAGCCCCGUUCUAUUAGAGAUUAAGCAUGUGCACACGUAUGCCCGGGACCUCGUCCUUAGCCAGUUCGUUCUGUUACAACCUCACAGAAUAGCAGUCCCUCAAGUUUCACAAAGUACUCUAUUGAGUUGUCAAGCUAGGCAGGCAACAACCUUUGGUCUUUUGAGCCCUGGAUAAAGCAAGGGGCCAGACCUUUAUCUACCAAUCCCUGGGGCUGAGGGCCUUGUAACCUGCUGGUGAUACGAUCUCAUGCUGGAGCACAUGGAAAAGAAGAUAAAGCACGAAUACCACUGAGAAAGAGGUUAGUAAAGGUUAGUCUACCGGCUUUGGUGCCGCCUGGUGGAGUCUGUUACCAGCCAAAGCAGCCAAAACCAGAUUAGAGAUAAGCAGGGUACAUUUAAGCCCCACGGGGAUGAUACGGGGCUUGGCUAAACAAGCAAGGAAGAGAAAGUUGGACCCUCUGUCCAGCAAUCAGCUAGCCAGAGCAACGUACACUUCUAUAUAUAAAACCAUACCAAUCAUUUAAUUUGAAACAAGUGCCAUAAUAUGAAACUGUUUCAAUGCUCAAAACAAGCUCUUGCCUUGGGCAACUGCCCCGUUCUGUCACUGCAGCAGUAAGAGCAGGCACCAUGGCUUUAACGCCGUAUCCCCUCACCCAUGGUGAGGAACAGCCUCGCUUCCCAGCAGGAAGAUACGGAGGGCAGAGAGAACGCACACUGGUAAGUAAAGGGCACUGCAGUUAAGUGUUAGUAAACACGGAGUAGGUUACUAGGAACUAAAGAGCAUCUGGAAAAAUCUCCCAAUGCCACAUAUAUGCUUUAGCAGCUUGAUGAGGUAGAAACAGGCAGAGGCAAGGAAAUGAACACUGGCUACCUCGCAGAAGACAGAAAGUUGGCAAUUCAGCCCUAAGGGGUUAGUAAGUCAUAUACUCCAGGAAACAAUCAGCACACAGGCCAAGAACCUCAUGAUGGGCAGCACACAGCUGGGGCUCCCCUCCCCACGUGAUGGGGCCUCUAUUCUUUCUGGCACAUUGGAGGCCUCUGAUGUCACAACUGGGGAGGGUGAAGGUCUUCUGUUGUGAAAGGCAGGAUUAAAAAAAAAAAAAACAACUUUGCCUGACUUUAGGUAGGGCUGAGAA